GAUACGUAAUCGUUUAAUCACCUCCAAAAAAAUGUCGGCUCUACUUGGUAUCGUCUUCCCGGUGACCUUCACCGGCCACGGCCAGCUCCCGGCGAAACUCCAUUCUUCGCGACGGAGAUUGGUGGUUAAGUCUUCGAACUCAUCCAGCGAACGUCAGACUCUAUUCAACCGCAUUGCUCCUGUUUACGAUAACCUGAAUGAUCUCUUAAGCUUAGGACAACAUCGUAUCUGGAAGAGCAUGGCUGUUUCCUGGAGCGGAGCGAGAACAGGAGAUAAAGUUCUUGACUUGUGUUGUGGAAGUGGUGAUUUAGCCUUUCUCUUGUCUGAGAAAGUUGGUCCAACUGGAAAGGUGAUGGGUUUGGAUUUCUCUUCUGAACAACUAGCUGUUGCAGCUUCUAGACAGAAGCUUAGAGGGAGGUCUUGCUACAAGUGUAUAGAGUGGAUUGAAGGUGAUGCUACUGAUUUGCCAUUUGAUGACUGUGAGUUCGAUGCGAUAACGAUGGGUUAUGGUCUUAGAAACGUUGUUGAUAGGCAUAGAGCCAUGAGGGAGAUGUAUCGGGUUCUGAAACCAGGUUCGAGAGUGUCCAUACUUGAUUUCAAUAAGAGCAAUCAGUCAGUUACGACGUUUAUGCAGGAUUGGAUGAUUGACAAUGUAGUUGUCCCUGUGGCUACUCUUUAUGAUCUUGCAAAGGAGUAUGAAUAUCUAAAGUAUUCAAUCAGUGAGUACCUUACAGGAGAAGAGCUGGAGACUCUUGCUCUAGAAGCUGGAUUCUCAAGUGCACGCCAUUAUGAGAUUGGUGGUGGUUUCAUGGGGAAUUUGGUCGCCUUGAGGUAAACAGAACAGCAUUCAACCACCAACACAACUUCAUUGUUGAGAAAAAGAAAAGAUUUGUUUUAAAAUGUUGAAGAUUGAUCUAAAAUUGUUAUCUAUCCUUCUUCGAUGUAUUGAGACUUCUAAUCAGAUGUAUUAGUUAUACCAUUGCACAUCUUCAUAUGAUAAACAAGCUAUCCAAAAUAAUGUAAAUCAGACGUUUCUGGAACACCUUCUUCCAGAUAUAUAUUUUAGGUACUUAUCUAA